GCAUUCGUGAAUCACGAAUAACAAAAUAUACUUAUCGAUCUCCAUUAUAAUAUAAUCAAUCUGGUCCAGCUGACCUGAUAACCUGCAAAGCACACUCAAGGCGUUAGAGUGUGCCGACGACACCGGACACACACUAGGCCACACAAAGUUCCAAAAAUAUUACUUUAUCAUCUUCGGAGUGUAAACAAGUCUAACGAUCAACAUAUUUCAAACUCGACACGUUAUAAUGUCGUUCGCUCAGAGUCAACUAGCAAAGUAUGGCUGGAAAGCGGGGGAAGGGCUCGGCAAGGAGAAGCAGGGGCGCUCGCGUGCGGUUAAGGGUGAACUGAAACGUGAUUCAGCGGGUGUGGGCCAUGCGGGCGACGACUUUGGCUUCAACUGGUGGGAUCACUGCUACAACAAGGCGGCAGCGAAGAUCGAAGUGGGUGUUUGUGAGAAGAGCGGAGAUGUUAAGGUUACAGCUAUUAAGACCGAUGUCAAAACUACCCUGGGUGUGCGUGCAGUACCGGCUAAUCUGCUCUACGGAUGUUUUGUGAAGGCGAAAGGCGACGAUGCAGAAAGCUCUGACGACGAGAGCAAAGACUACUCGUCGUUAAGUAAACUUACAAGUGAGGAGAUAUUUAAAGCAUGCGGGGGAAGGACUGCCCACAAAGCUGCCCGACAUGGACAUCGCCAGGUUGCGAAGUUGAACCGGACAAACGAAGCUGGCCUGAUAGCCUCUUUAGAGGCAGCCACCUUCGAUUUAUUGAAAAGCACAAACUUGUUAGAAUUAGACGGCGACGGUGGAAGUUCAUCAUCAACGGAUUCGGCAGUGUUGCAAGUAGAGGCAGAAAAGUUAGAGAGGAAGAGGUUACGCAAGGAAAAGAAAUUAAGGAAACAGAAAAUAUUAGACACCGAAUCGGAGGAGUUAUCGGUGAAGUCCAAGAAAACGAAAAGUAAGAAGGAUAAGGUGAACAAAGAACAUAAGGUCAAGAAACAGAAGAAAGAUAGAGUUAAAAACCACGUGGCAGUGGUUGAGGCGGUGUCGAAUGACAGCGGAGAAAGGGAAGACGCAAAGAAGAAAGUUAAAACGAAAAGUAAAGAAGGGAAGAAGCGAAAACGUGACAGGGAGGUUGAUACAUCCGAGUCUGUCAGCGUGGAUGGGGAUACGCAGAUUAGGAAAAAACGUAAAAAGUCUAAGAAGGAAUAAAAGUAACCAAUGUUAUAGUA